AUGGAUCGCCCCAAAGUCACUGUACAUCCAGGUCCAGAAAACUAUGAUUUAUUAAUACUCCAACAUGAGCAUCGAUCCCAGGCUGUGUGGGAUGAAAAAUUGACUGGAAAGAAUGCGUCAGUAGGUAAUGUGCAAUAUGAUGAAGGAAUCAUCACUACACUUAUUGAGAGAUGGCGUCCAGAGACGCAUACAUUUCAUAUGCGGACUGGCGAAUGUACCAUCACACUGCAGGAUGUCGAGUUGUUAUAUGGCAUUCCCGUGGAUGGCCACCCAUUGGUGCAGAGAAAUGUUAAAAAUAUAACUAAAUCAAGGUGGCAGGAAUUGAUGUACGACCUUACUGGUUGGUUUCUCGGAGAAGAAGCAUUUAUAGGUAAUAGCUUGCUGGUAAUAACACAAUUAUCUAAUCAUUUGGAAACCUUGAUUGCCAAGAAUGAUAUUAUUGAUGAACACACUGAUGAGGCUGAGGUACAAAAGAGGGUCAGGUUGUACCUGCUUUGGUUGAUUGGUGGCACUAUAUUCCCUGAUAAUAUUAGUUCAAAGCUUAGUUUACACUUUUUGCUUGACAUAAUAGACCUUGAUGCAAUAGGUGGGAAAGCUUGGGGAGCAGCAGCUUAUCAUACUUGUACAAUUGUUUAUGCCGUGCUUCGAUAG